AUGAGGUUCCGCAGUGGUUUCAGAUUCUCUGACCCUGAGGCUCCAAAGGCUUCGUCCACGACCUCAUUCUCUCGUCCUAGGAUCCUUCUCUUUUUGUUGAACUUCAUCAAAUGGUCCAGUGCCUGCAUUGUCAUGGCUAUUGCUUCCGAUUUCAUUCACAACUAUAAGAGGGAUGGCCAUACGACUUUCCAAGAGAUCAUCGCUUGCACCAGCAUUGGUUUCUUCUUGCCAACGAUGCCGCUGGCGUUUUACAGACGCUUCACGGUCCACCUGAUCGUCUUGGACUAUAUCUACUCCCACCUCUGGGUGACAGCGUUCAUCUUCGCAGCCGAAGACUAUAACAAGAGUUCAUGCUCAAAGCACUCACCCGGCGGUCUUCACUCAUGUACGUUGAAAUACGCGCUUGAGUCGUGGUGCAUCAUUGCUGUGUAA